GGCACCUGAAUUACCAUGAACUAUGGCAGCCAUCCAUGAGAGCUUCAAGGGCUAUCAGCCAUAUAAGUUCACCACACUAAAGAGUUUGCAAGACCCUAUGAAAAAACUCGUUGAGAAAGAAGAGAAGAAGAGGAUUGCCCAGCAGGAUAGCACAGAGGCAGCAGGCCAGGAGCCACGUCAAUUAAUUUCAUUAGAAGAUGAAAACCAAUGCAAGGAAUCCUCCAGUUUUGACAAUGAAGAUGAAAAAAAUAUUUUAUCUACUUCAGACAAAACUUCUACCCAAAAUGCACGUUCAGGACCUAUGGAUGAACUGUUAGACAUGAAACCUGAGGAAGGUGCUUGCCUGGGCCCGAUGGCUGAGACCCCAGAACCCGACAGCGCUGACAAGGAUGACUUGCUGCUGUUGAGUGAGAUCUUCAACGCUUCCUCCCUGGAAGAGGGCGAGUUCAGCAAAGAGUGGGCAGCUGUGUUUGGAGACAAUUGGCUAAAAGAGCCAGCACCAGCGGGGGCCCUGGGAGAGCCAGAUGCCAAGUUCCAGACUGGCUCCGGAUUCCUCCCUUCGCAGCUGUUAGACCAAAAUAUGAAAGAUUUACAAGCCUCCCUACAAGGCUGGUCAGAGAGCAAUGUCAGUCCUCCUCCUACUCCUUGGCCAGCACCAAAGACAAGCAAUCCAAAUGACAAGAGCCCUGCACUGAAAGAGCCUGCCAAGGCUGCCUCGGACCUGACUGCCUGGUUCAGCCUCUUCGCUGACCUGGACCCCUUAUCAAAUCCUGAUGCUGUUGGGAAAACUGAUAAAGAACAUGAAUUGCUCAAUGCAUGAGUCUGCAACCUUCAGGAGGAAGGCUUCAUGCCACUCCACUCCCCAGCUUCAUACCUGGGGCAAGCAGAAGUAUAAUGUGAUCAGUAUGCUGUUUUAAUAUUUACAUGCCAUUUUAAUAAAAUGAAAGGGUCAAAGACCCUUAAAAAAAAAAAAAAAGAAAA